AUGGCUUCCGAUCCCCUGGCUCCUGCUCCUGCCCAGGGCGGCAUGAUCGACCAGAAGGACGUGCAAGACUGGAUGAAGCGCUUCAAUGAGGGUCUUGCCGACUCAUCCAUCAUUGCUGCACCAUCUGCGCCCGACGCUCGACCAUGGCACACAUCCUUCUUCAGCUGCUUUGCUCCAAUUGACACCUGCUUUAUUACUUGCUGCGUGCCAUGCGUGACUUUUGGCAAGACACACCAUCGAACCCGAAAGCAUGGAAAUAUGAAUGGCUAUAGCUUCAUCAACGCCUCGUGCCUCAUGUUCACGGGAUUCUCCUGCUUCGGUCUGCAUUUCAUCCCGAUGAUGUUCCAGCGCGCCGACAUCCGCAAGAAGUACAACCUUCAGGGAGACUGCGUGACGGAUCUAUUCACAUCAUGCUGCUGCGCAUGUUGUUCCCUUGUUCAACAGGACAAAGAAGCUGAGCAUCGGGAGCAAGAGUUGGCCGAGAAGCUCAAUGGUGCGGGCUAUGUCAAGGCUCAAGAGAUGGCCUACCCUGCAUAG